GAUCAGUGGCUUCUCAACGGCAUCGCCUCCCUCGACGAGCUGGGCGGGCAGGGGCGCCAUGUGCCCGCCUCCGCCCCGCUGACUGCGGCCCGGCGUGCUGCAGUGAGGCGGCUGGCCACGACCUACGGCAAGUGGUCGCCGCCCGUUGAUCGCCCAAGUCCCCAUGAAGCGUGGACGACGCUACAGGGUCUCAGGCCUGGCUACUCUGAAGUCGAGGCCUCCGGUUCUCGAACAGUCUACCAGCGGGGAAAUAUCUCUCUCCCCAAGAUCGGUGCGGGUAAGGUGGCUCUUACGGAGGUCCUCCCGACUGACCUGCAGACCAAGCUGGAGACUGGGCGCGGGCUGUUGCGAUCCCCAGAGGAGGCAGCAGCGCUAAUUCGUGAUGCAGGUGCUCCUCGUGCCAUGGGCCCGAAGCUUGGGCGGCUCGGCUACGACUACGGCCACGCGCUGGGGGAGCUCUACACCUCCGGGGUGAUCGAGGCCAGCUCGGAGCCGGACAAGCGGUUGCGUCUCAUCUGCGACACCAGGACCCCUAACAUGCACUUUACCACUCCAGAGCACACGGCACUCGCGACGGGUGAGGCUUUGUCCUCGCUGGAGGCGUCGGGAGUCAAUAUGAUCGGCAUGAGUUCUGGAGACGUCGACUGCUGUUUCUAUCAAUAUGCACUGCCGCCCUGGUGUAGGCGCUACUUCAACCUCCCGCUGAUCGAGAGUCGCUUCCUGCCGCCAGAGGUUCGGCGCGCCUGCGUACUGACGUUGAAGAGCGGCCAGGUUCGCUUCCGAUUCAAGGUGGUGCCCAUGGGCUGGAGCUGGGCGGUGCACUUUAUUCAAGAAGCACACCUUCACCUCGUCAAGUCAGUCUUGCCAUCUCAGCCAGGGUGCCUGGACAAGUGCCCCGGCAUUGACUUGAACCUUGAGGAUGCCAAGGUCCUGUACAUAGACAACUUUGCUGUGCUGUCCCAGUCGCCCUCCCGUGCCGCCACCGCCGUCGCCGACAUGCAGGCGGCGCUCGCGGCCAAGGGCGUGGUCUCAGAGCUAGACCCUGCUCCAGCCGAGCGCGGCGAGCUGCUGGGAUGCGAGCUCGACCUGCAGACGGGCUGCUGGCACGUGCUGGGUCGCCGGCACUGGCGGGUCUACGGCGCCCUCGAGCAUGUUCUCGCGGGGCGGGCCAAGGUCUCUGGCCAAGAGCUCGAGCGUCUGAUCGGCCGCCUGGUCUCCAUCCUGAUGCUGCGCCGGGAGGGGCUGGCCAUGCUGCGCUCUUCAUGCGAGUUCGCGCAGGCGUCCUACUCCAAGAAGCAGCCGCUCUGGAAAAGCGUGGUGGUCACUUGCUUCGACGCGUCUCCUUGGGGCUACGGCAUCGUGGAGACCGAGUGGGACCUGAAGGAUGCGCAGCGCGUCGGCAGGGUCUCCGAGCGCGCCCGGUUCCGAGGCGCGCUCGCUGCCGAGGGCGCCCCCCGCGAGAGGACGCUGGAGCAGGAAAUAGCGCGGGCGCCAGAGCCCGCCCUCUUGCUGGCCGGGCGCUCGGCAGGCUUCCCGGAGGUCGACUACGGCCAGCAGAUGCAUGCCCGGCCCUGGCGCGUAGUAGGCUGCGGCCGCUGGAAGCGCAAGGAGGCCAUCCACGGGCUCGAGGGGGCUGCUCUGACAUGGGCCGUUCGCCAGGUGGCGACGCGCCAGGCGGUGCCGCCCACGCCGAUGGCCUCGGCGAGCUGCCGCUCCGGCCCUCGCGCGCCGAGCGAGCGCAGGAGCCACUCGCCUCGCCAUCCGGGCAACCGCUGCCAGGGCAAGCAGGGGCAGGCCGUGGUGCCGGUGCUGGGCGAGCCCGAGAGCAGGCCAGACUUGGCUGGGCGGCGCGCGAAGCUUGGCCUCAGUCGCUCGGAGAGCGACUUCAACCAGAAGAGGGGCCAGUUGCGCCCGCGCCAGACCCGACUUGCUUCCGCCAAGGGCAGGCCUCGCACGCAGGGGCCCUACCUCGGGAUGAUCCUCGGCUUGGCACACUGGCUGAAUAUGGCCUUCCCCCCGGACUGGGCGCACCUCACGUGGGGCGAGGCGCUGGGAGAGUACGCCGAGUCGAUCUACGACCGCGGGGUCUCCAAGGCGUCAGCUCAGCGGCUGACCCCGGCGCUGCGCUGGGCGGCGCCCGCCCUCCGCCGGGCUGGGAUCCGCGAGGUCUUUCCCCUGGCGCACCAGACGCUGAAGGGCUGGGACGUCCUGGGCCCGUCCAAAUCCAGACCGCCCGCCCCGUUCUUGGUGGUGCUGGCGGUGGCCUGCGGGCGGUGCCGGGCGGGGAACCCACUCAGUGGCUUGGCCGCUCUCACCAGGUUCGAGACCUACAUGCGCCCUUCAAGAGUGCUGGCUUUGCGAGCAGGGCAGGUAGUCCUGCCGCUGCCAAGGGAAGGAUGUACGUCGAUCUUCUUGACGGUCGUAAUGUGGGCCUCAGUGUACGAGAUACCAACCAAGACCCGCGAGCACGACCUUUCAGUUCGGCUCGACCUGCCCAGGCAACAGUGGAUGGUGCACCCGAUCUUCCUUGUGCGAGCCCUUCGGGAACCGGCCCACGCCUUCCUGGUCUUGGGCUACAACCAACUGGCGGAGGACUUCCAGAACGCGACCUCUGCCCCGAGCGUGAGCUUACUCAAGGCCACCCUUUGCCCCCUCCAGCGUGGAGGGGCCAGCCGCGACCAGAGCACGGGCGACAGAGGCUCAGGCGCCGUGCAUCAGCGAGGAGGGUGGAAGGCGCGCAAGUCCGUGCUGCGCUACGAGAAGCACGGACGCCUGCUGCUGGAACUACGCAAGCUCAGCUACCUGCAGCGCGAAGCCCUCCGAGCAGCAGGCAGGGACUUCGUGGGCGUCUUCAACGGGUCCUUGGGGCUGCAUUUCGGAGCGCCCCCUAUCAAAAAAGUGCGUGCGUCGAAGUCUUCUCAGGAUGUGGAGCUCUGA